AUGAUGCAACGUCUGGGCCAGAGGCCAAACUGUGGAGGAGUGGGCAAAGGAGGACUGGCAGCUGGAGGAGGAGUCGGAGGAUUUGUGGUUGAAGGUUUGGGGACAGUAUCCUCUCCAAUAGCUUCCUUAGGGAAUUCACAUAAUUGUACUUUUAAUGAAGAUUUUAAGUAUAUUCUCCUUCCUGUGUCCUAUGGCAUUGUGUUUGCAGUAGGGCUUGUCCUCAACGCUCUUGCGAUAUGGGUCUUUGUAUUUCGGAUGAGACCAUGGAACAUUACAACCACCUACAUGUUCAACCUAGCUCUCUCAGACAUCAUGUAUGAUAUAUCAUUGCCUCUGUUGAUCUAUUACUAUGCCAAACACAACGACUGGCCUUUUGGGGCAGCUAUGUGUAAAAUUGUCCGAUUUUUGUUUUAUACCAACUUGUACUGCAGUAUUCUUUUCCUCACCUGUAUGAGCAUCCAUAGAUUCCUAGGGGUUUGCUUUCCAAUGCAGUCAUUGAGAUGGUCAAACCUGCGAUAUACCCGGAUGGUGUGCAUCGUUAUUUGGGCUGUGGUGAUAAUAUUCCAGACACCUAUAUUUGUAUUUGUUAAUGUUGAAACUACUGGUAACACCACCAUUUGUUAUGAUACUUCAAAUCAAAAAAACUUCAAUAAGUUUGUGAUUUACAGUGCCAUCCAGCUUGUAUUGCUUUUUUGUGGCCCCUUCACCGUGGUUAUGAUCUGCUAUGGAAUCACAGCUAAGAAACUCCUUCGACCCAAUGACAUUCGCCCAGAAUAUGCCAGAUCCCGAAAAAAAUCAAUCAAGAUGAUUAUUACUGUGCUCACAGUUUUUGUCUUAUGUUUCUUACCUUUCCACAUCACACGAUCCAUUUACUACUCCUCCAGAAGUCUUCAUGUGAGCUGCAGUACCCUUGAUGCAGUCAACCUGGCCUACAAACUAACCAGGCCCCUAGCAAGUGCAAAUAGUUGCCUUGAUCCAAUACUUUAUGUUCUGGCUGGGCAGACAUACCGAAGUCAUUUAUUGCAAGUACUCAGAAGGCAACCUUCUACGUGGCAAUUUAUUGGUUUUGUAAUGCUGAGUAAUAUAUUUAAAACUUUGCUGGAUUUUGGAUCUAAUGUUAAUCAGUUGUGCAGAUUACAGCUAUGA